AUGUAUGGAGUAAUUCUUUAUAUGGCACCAGAACUUUUUAGUUUAGGAAUGAUUAUGUGGGAAUUAACAACGGGACGUGAAAUUUCUCAAUUAUUUUUAGAUUUUGAAUAUAAUUACUGUCACUUAAAAGAUGAUAUCAAAGAACAUUAUCCAGAUAAAUAUGUUAUUGAUAUUUUGUUAGAAUUGUUAGCAUUUAAAAAGGCGAAAAAAGAAAGACUUGAAAUGAUCAAAUCCAAGAAGCGUUUGUUAAUAAUCCAUUAUACGAGCUUCCAAAUUAGUAUAUCUUUAGACUCGAUGUUAGAAUCUAUUACUAAUUCAUCAUCAAUAUCAGUGAAAUUUCCCCAUAAAGAUUUUAGCACGAUCAGAGAUCGACGAUUCGAUUUAAGCCUAUCAAACAAAUUUUCACUUGUAUCUAUCAAUGCUUUAACUGGAACUUUUCCUUCUACUAGGCUAUAUAAAUAA